AUGGCUACUACCACAAUCGAGGCCACAGCCCCCGUCUCGGCGUUUACAACGGUGCAGCUGAUGACACCGGACGGGCCUGUUUCCCGCCGUGUACGCUGUGGGGCGCCCCGUACCCCGACCCUGGAUGAAAUGCCCGUCAUCGACCUCAGCUCACUUGAUGGGGAUGCGGCCGCGCGCAAGGCCAUCGCCACCAAAAUCAAAGCUGCUGCUGAGAACACUGGCUUCUUUUACGUAUCCAACCACGGAAUUCCUAAGGAAUUGAUUGAGCAAGCCCUCGAACAGAUCAAGACCUUUUUCAAUCAAGAGCAAGAAUUCAAGGACCGGGUCUCGUUUGACAAGGCGGGCAAGUUCUGUGGUUAUCACGGUGUUGGAAGCACGCAGAUUAAUAACCAGGAAACCAGAGACAAGAAGGAGACUUUCUCUAUGCGAUAUGAUACUCGCAUCGACCAAACCCAUAACUGUGUCGAUGACAUCAAUGCCAACUUCUCAUCCACAGAUUAUGUCUGGGACAGGACAGGCCAUCUCACAAACUUCCGCCCUGUACUUACCGAGUUCUAUCAAAAGCGACUAGCCCUCGCCCGUAAACUCAUCCGUUUAUUCGCCCUGGCUCUCGACCUACCCGAGGACUACUUCGACUCCAUCAUCACCACUCCCGGCGCUGACGCAGUGCACAUUCACUACCCCGGCAACGACGGCAGCACCGAAGAUGUCGAUGUGGGUAUUGGCUCCCAUACGGACAUCCAGUGCGUGACUCUGCUCUGGCAGGACAUGUCUGGUGGGCUGCAGGUCCUCUCGGCAGAUGACGAGUGGCUCGACGCACGGCCAAUUGAAGGGACCCUGGUCAUCAACAUAGGCGACUUUCUGCAGAGGCUUUCGAACAACCGGUUCAAAUCCACGGUGCAUCGCGUGUAUAAUCGGCAAAAGACCUCCCGCUACGCCAUGCCUUUCUUUCUCGGGUUCAACCCGGACGCGGUCUGUGAGGUCGUACCGACGUGUGUUGACGAUGAGCAUCCUCCUCUCUAUGAGCCGAUUUCAUGUGGCAAGGCAAGUCGUACUCCACAUCCGUGUCCAAAGUACGCAGACUAA